AUGCCUAAAGGACAUUCCUUUACAUCACCCACCAGCCGAGUACCUCAACAAAGUACCCAGCAGCCGAGUACCCCAACACGGUACCCAGCAGCCGAGUACCCCGACAAAGUACCAAGCAGCCGAGUACUAACACAGCGCAGCGACCGAAUACCCCAACACAGUGCCCAGCCGGGUGCCCCAACACCGUACCCAGCAGCCGAGUACCUUAACACAGCACCAACGGCCAGUACUUUAACUGACACCUUGACAAAAUUACCCCAACCCCAUUGCCAGCAGCCGGUGCCCUUAACACAGCACCCAGCGGCCGAAUACCCCAACACGGUGCCCAGCAGCCAGUACCCCCUUUGUGCCCAGCAGUCACCCAACAAUGAUGCCUUAACGGCACCAAUGACCAGAUACCCCAACACCGUGCCAACGGCCAGAGUACCCCAACACAGUACCCUGCUUGUUAGUGCCCCAUCCACGUGCCCAACAAUGAGUGCCCCAACACAGUGCCAGCAGCUGAAUACCCCAACACAGUGCCCAACGGCCAGCGCCGAGUACCCCAUCACAGUACCCAGCAGCCGAGUACCCCAUCACAGUACCCAGCAGCCGAGUACCCCAUCACAGUACCCAGCAGCCGAGUACCCCAACACAGGGCUACGGUACUUGUCCAAAUAUCUUGUAUCGACCGCUUACCUGGUAUCAAAACUUAAAUCUCACAGUCGAGAGUUUAUACAAGUUGUUUUGCCUCUGCCCGGAGGAGACGAUUUAAUUCACUUUGGCGAUGCUCAGCUGUUUCCUGGUGUAGGUUGUGAUCCCACGGGCCAGCGACUCCACCUCACGCUCACUGACUCUCAAGAUGUUAUCGCGGCUGCUGACAGCGGCCCACCAGUCUCGGAGGCUCUUACGUCACACUCUACCAAUAACUGGAUAUCAACGGCUGGAACACAUGUUACGGAGUGA